AAAAAAAAAAAAAAAAGAACAAGCCAAUCAAAUCAAUGGCGGACAUUCCGAACGAGAUGAUCGUGAACAUACUCUCUCGACUCUCCGUCACCACUCUUUGCCGAUUCAAGUGCGUUUCAAAGCCGUGGCUCGCUCUCAUCUCCGACCCUUUUUUCAUCAAAACCCAACUCAAUCGCAACACAGACGACAAUCACCAUCACGAUCGACUCAUCCUCCUUUCUAGUUCUUCCAAUUUCCACUCCGUCAAUUUAAAAUCUUUCCAAUUCCAAAACAAUUUCGAGGCUUUCCACCUUAAAUUCCCUUCCAAGCAAAACCCAAAUCUUUGUAAGGAGAUUUGGGGUUCCUGCAAUGGGUUGUUAUUGAUGCUCAAUUACUAUUUCUCUUUCUUUUUGGUUAACCCAUCUACUAGACAAUCCAAAAAAUUGCCAAUUUCACCUUUUUCAAUGAACUCUGUUGAUAAAUGUUUGUGUUUAGAUAGUUAUGGGCUUGGUUAUGACUCAUCCAGUGAUGACCACAAAGUUGUGAGUAUUGCUCAUUAUGGCUAUGGUUGUGAUUUUGAUGAUAAUAUAGUCAGUGUGUAUAGCUUAAGAACUAGUUCAUGGAGAAGAAUUGAGGACUCUCCCUAUAUUCAUACACCUUAUGGGCCUUCGUCGGGGAUUUUUGUUAAUGGGGCUCUUCAUUGGUUUGCUAGUAGUUUUGUGGGUUCAAAUAAUUCGACCGUAAUUGCUUCACUUGAUUUAACAUAUGAAAAUUUUGGAGAUGUGCCAUCUCCUGUUGAUGACUUUGUUUUAUUUGGAGAGCUCAGUGUUCUUGGAGGGUGCCUUUGUAUGAUUGUUUCUCGCCGCGGCGGUUGUAAAGAUGUUUGGGUGAUGAAAGAGUAUGGUGUGAGGGAUUCUUGGACCAAAUUUACAAUCAAUCAUGGUUGUUUUCCUUUGUGCAAAGCGUUGUGUUUAUCAAAGACCGGUGAAUUUUUGUUGGGGAUUUGUCAAAAAAAGUUAAUCUUCUACAAUCCACAAGAGAAAAAAUUUAAGAGACUUGUGGUUCGAGCUUGUCCAAAUAAUUUUGUAGCAGGAACUUACGUGGAAAGCCUUGUUUCACCCAAUUGCAGCAAUAUGAUCACGAGGCAAUAACAAGCAUCAAUAUUAGUACUGUGUAGGUAUCAUGGAUCAACUUAAAUCUUUUUCAUUUUACUUUUAUCUAUCUACGUUGCUCCAUUGUUGUCUCUUUUUCCUUGACGUUAUUAAGACGGUGUGAAUUUAAUUUGUUAUGUUGUAUGGAGUUUGUUUAUAUAUUUUGAUUGUACAACUUUGGCUUAAGUGGCUGGGGCAAGAUUGGUGUGCUCGUCUUUAAUGCUCACAGAGAGAGGUUUAAGGCCUUUCUUUCCAGUUUAUUUUUGGCUAUGCUUUAGGUUGAUAUUAUUGGUAACCUAUCAUGCCUGUUUUGUUGUUUGUUUUUGGUCAACUGCAAAUGAAUCUGGCAAACUUUAUGAAGUUGGUUUGAUUUUGAAGAUGAUUGAUGCAGUCAUCUUCAUUUUGUCGGUCUUCCUUUCCAUCUCAUAUUUAUCAUUCCAACUCCAAAUAAUAUAUAUAUUUAUAUUUCCCUUAUGAUUCUGUUAGUUAGGAUGUGACGCUUUGAAGGCCUUUGAAAACAAAGUGGCAAAGAAAUUGCAUGAAUAUUUCAGGAAAAAAGUUAUUACUUUUUUGGUUACUGGAAUUUACUGAGAACUACCGAUUGAACAUGGCUAAUUCAAUAUAACAUGCUGCUAUAGGUGAAGAUCCGAGAUCUGGGCUAUUUUUAGAAGGCCUUGAGGAUAUUGAUGAUCCAUUCUGGAGGGAAAAGUAUUUCAUCAAGAUGAUUGAUUGAUGGAAGAGGUUUUGGGUGUAGAGCUUUCAUUGAUAUUUAUAGUUUUAUGAUAUUGAGUUUCUCUCACACUAUUCUGAUGGUGAAUAUAGAUGGUAGCUUUGGUUGAUUAUGGCAUGCUUUUGUAUUGCUGUUCAUGUUAUGGACUGUCAAAUAGUCCAUUCCACUUUCAUCCCAAUUCACCUUUUUCAAAAAAGUCUACAUUUUUUUAUAAUUUUUUUUUGUGAUAUGGACUUGGCUAUGAUUCAUCCAAUGAUGACUACAAACUUGUGAGAAUUUUUCAUUAUUUCUGUAUAUCUGAUUGUACUGAAUGUAAUACAGUCAGUGUGUAUUCAAAAAAGUACCAAUUCAUGGAGAAGGAUUGAGGAUUAUUCUUGUCUGGGUAACCCUUUUAUAUUCGAAUGCCCAUCGGGUAUUUUUGUUAGUAGCUCUCUCCAUUGGUUAACUACGGAUUCGAAUAAGUCGGAUGUUAUUGCUACAUUUCAUUUGGUAGAUGAAAAUUUCCAGAUUAUGCCAUUACCAAUUCUGCAGUAUGCUCACCGUCAUAAGCUUCGGUUUGGUGCCCUUGGUGGGUGCCUUUGUGUGCUUGUUCCUCUCAGUAAUGGUUGCCAAGAUGUUUGGGUGAUGCAAGAGUAUGGUGUGAGAGAUUCCUGGACCAAAUCACAAUUGGUUAUACUUGUUCUUAUCAUUGGAAAAUCUUGUGUUUAUCAAGGAAUGGCCAAGUUUUGUUCCACACGAUAAGAAAUAAGCUAAUGCUCUUUGAUCCUCAAGAAGAAAAAUGAAGGGAGCUAGUGGUUCGAAGCAGUCCAACUCAAUUUGAAACAGGAACUUAUGUGGAGAGCCUUUUUUCACCCAAUUGCAGCAAUAUGAUCAAGAGUUAAACAUUUGUUGAAACAAACGGACCAUAGGGAUACAUGUCCCUCCAAGCACAGAUGGAAGCAUGCGAAGCCCAGAAUAAAGCAGAUUUGUCAAAGGCAAAGAGAUAUAGGUUGGAUGAGUGAGCCAUCCAGUUCCAAGAGUGAUCGUUUAAUCCUGUAGAAUAGCAUGGACAGACAGCCACCAGGCUAUUUGAGAUCCUCAAUGGAAGUAGGAAUUUAUCAGGAUGCAUGUGGAAAGGAUGAUGGCUUAGUUGAAUGGGCUUGAGUGACUUUUAUAUUUUUGUUGGGUUGAUGUUACUCCAUGUUAUUUGGGGGUGUCAGUAAUGUGAAUUUGUUAACGUUAGUGUCAUUUUGACAUUUAUGUGAUGUUGUGCUAGUUUUUUCUCCAACUUGAAUUGGUGUCUGUAUGUCUUCUUUUUC